ACUGCCAUCCGCGACAACAAGUAGCACUCGCUCGCAGUGAUAGCACUCAUCGACUUAUCGUCUGUGGCUUGUCUAGUCGCUGACAGAUCGACAUACCAUGUCUGACCCACGAUUUGCGCGGUUGAAGACUGACCCCCGUUUCCGAGACACACAAUUCAAAGUUGUAGGUAACGAGCGUUUCAAAGGAAUUUUUGACGAAGACAAGGCGGGAAAAAAGACAUUGAAACAAAAGGGCAAAGGAAAGGAAAAACUAGGCCGAAUGCCGAGACACGAAAGUUGCGCCAGCAGUAUCUCAGUCUAUCCGAAGCGGACCGUGCUAUUCGAAAAGUCAUUCCUGACAAUACUCCGCUGCGUGUACUUGACACUACCACUGGUCUUUUAUGCGAUCGAGAAACACAGAUACGCACCUUCAAAUCAAGCAUGGAGUAUAGAGAGCUCGUAUCUUCAACAAUCACGCAUCGAGAUAUCCAGUCGAAGAAGCGGUGAUGUCAUACUUUCCGUUCAUGAGCCCGGUUCCGAUUCUGGUAUUUGUAAUCUUGAUUAUCUUCCGGAGUUUCCACAGUGCCACUGAAAGUCAACGUUUCAACGCUUAGCGCUCAGCGCUCAAUAUCCAAGAUUCAAUACUCACCUCGACAGCCAACAGCCAUGCCCGCCCUGGUAGCUCAUGCUGAAGAGCAUUCUUAUUUUUCCCCUCCAGCCCUUAGCUCUUGUAGGCGCUAUGAGACUAUUAGUGAUGUUCAACGUGUUUGUUUGCAUCCACCGCAAGUUCAUGCGGGAAAUGGGUCUAGAAGGAUGGCAAUUUGAAUAAUCCGUGAAAUGUGACGGGAGGUUGUGGGUCCUCCGAGUCU